UUAAUCCCCAAUCUCAACCCCUACCCAAGCCACAUUCAUGUCGUCAUGGUGAUAUCAACUGCAUUUCUGAACCUGUAAAAAAACGGCCACCAGUUAUAGGGCAACCAAAAGUUAUAAUUGUCAGACCUAUGCCUAUAUCUCCUUCAUGUGAACGUGGUAGCAACUGCAAUUCUAAAGUCAAGCCUAUACAGCCUUCAAAUGGUGUCAACCGAAUCAGGCUUACUCCACUGUCACCUUCAUGUACUGGUAUCAACUGCAAACCCAAGCCCAAGCCUAAAAGGCCUCAUGGUAAAGCAGGUGGUAUCAAUCGAAUCGGAAAACGUAAACGCAAACAUAAGCUAAGGCCUCCUUCAUGUAGUCAGAAUGGUUUGAACUGUAUUUCAAAACCCAGGCCCAAACCGCAUUCAGGUGAUAUCAAUCGAAUUCCCAAGCGCCCUAUGCCUAAGCCUCCUUCAUGUGGUCAUAAUGGUUUAGACUGCAUUUCCCUACCCAAACCCAAGAAUAUAUCGCCUCUAGAUAUCUUAAUAGGUAUCCGUCAACCAGAAGCCCCCAGACCUCCUUUAUCACCUUCGUUUCAAAAUCUCAAACCUCGAACUAAUCCACCUUAUUCAAUCAAAAUUCUUCGACACAAAACUAACCAGCCUUAUCCAGAUAUCUCCAAACCUAAACAACCAAAAGGCAAAAUUCUAGGACCACAAAAUAGACAGCAUAAUAAAGGUGAUAUGAAUGGGAAAUGCAAACCUAGACCCUCCAAACCCAGAAUCCCCAACUCCAAACCGUUUAUUCCUCCAGAUGGCACAAGUAACGGAAAGUUGGUGCCAAAACCAAUACCAGAAGUAAAUAAUCCACCAGAUUGCUCUUCAGAAAAUAUAGAUUCAGAAAUUGAUAAUAGCGUUGAUACUGUAAAUAUUGACAAAUCAGAAGAUAGUUCUGUUGACAAAAUCUCCGCACCAGAACCGAACCUUCCAUUGGACUCAAUCAAAUCUCCAAAUUCACAUGUCGAUUCCAGCACUGAAGAUGAGAAUGAAGCAGAAACCUGCGCUCCAAUUUGUAAUCCUCGUUCGCACAAGCGGCACAAGAAUCUUUAAUACUUAUCACUAUUACAUUAUUGCAAGCAUCUAUUCAGAUAAAUCCAAGGAAGUCAAUUAAAACAAAU